AGUUGAAACGAGCAUGCUGCCUCCCUCCACCUCUGCUCUUCUCUCCUCCACUGGGCUGGGCACCACGCUUGGCACCAGCCCCCACCAAGAGCCAGCCAUGACCACACUGCUUGGCAGCACAUCCCCAGGGACCAGCACCACCUCUGCUUCCACCACGGCAGAAGUGACAGACACUUCAGAUGGGCCCUUGACGACCCCAUCAGACACCAUGACCUCCCUUGGUACCACCACAGAGGUCCCUGGGACCACCCCUGGUACUUCCACCCCAAUAGAACCAGAGACCUCCAGUGACACUGCAGAGACCACUGUCCUGGGUGUGACAGCAACUGUGUCCCCAGCUCUCCCAACCUCCUCAGCACCCAUGGAGAGCUCAACACUGUUGCCUUCCACUGACUCCAGCACCACAGCCACCCUCCUUUCCUCCAGCCCUGAAACAGAAGCCUCCACCCCAGAGGAGUCCAGCACAUCCACAGAGACUGAAAACACCUCACCUCCCACUGUGCUUCCUCCCUCCACAACUACAGAAGAUUCAUCUGAAUCUACAGAAGAGACCUUGGCAACCCUGGCAGACACCACAGCCAGCCCUGUUAUCAGCACAUCAGACCCCAUGGGUACUCCCAGCUACCCAGACAGGACCACUCCUGACAUCUUCCCCUCAACUGUGGAGUUGACUCCAGGCACUGAGCCCUCUUCCCCUGCCUCCAGCUCAGCCCAGACCUCAGAGGCUGCUGCCCUCAGCACACCUACAGCCCUGCCAACGCUGCUGCCAACCUGCCCCUCUGCCUCACCCAACACCAGUGCUUCUCACCUGUUUCUGUCGCUGAGGUUGACCACCCCUCUGGACCUGGGGAACACCACGGUGCAGGAGCUGCUGUUGUCCAAGCUCCGUGAGGACCUGCAGACAGCGUUCCCAUGUGCUGGCCUGUCACUGGCAUGGCGAGGGAAGAGGAGGACUUGACUGCUGCCCCUCACCUGGACUGCCAAGCACCUGCUCCCAGCUCCUCACUCCAUGGUGGUGCAGGCCCCUGGGGAAUCCCAUACAGCUCCUCUUGAACCUGGGGCUUCCUGUCCUUCACUCUGUACCCCCAGUCCCCUCCUGACCCUUCCCACAGCCUGUCUGAAGAGCCUGAGCCCUCUCACCACCCUGCUCCAGACCAGGUUCCCCCUCCAGCUCUGCUGGGGACUGGGAGAAGGGGACCCUAUGGAACUGGGCUUUUACAUCUGGGACUGAGCUGCCUCAGCCGUCAAAGCCACCCUGGGGACAGAGGAAUGAGAGGAAGGAGACCUGAAGCCCCCAGUACUGCUGUGCCCAAGGCUCACC